AUGAAUAAAAAAAGUAAUGAACAAUGGGCUUGCAAAUAUAAAAAAGUAAAAGCUGUUGUUGUUCAACUUGAUGAACUUAUUUCUCAAAUUACGACUGAUCAUAACAUUCAGAAAACGAUGGAGAAACCAUGGUCAACAACUAGUGUUACUGCACGUGCUGACGCAGGAAAGCUUGACAAUGUGGGCGAUGAUGAAGUAUUAAAAUCAGCCAAGGAUGAAAUAAUACGCGCUCUUGACUUGGAAGAAUAUGAAAUAAAAGAUACAAUUAUAAAUGAUUUGUUAGAAAAUGGUCGACAAUCGUUGUCUAAGUAUGAGAAAUACCUUCUACCAGACGUCUAUGAAGCAGCAAUAAAUGAAAACCAUGGAAAACUGAUGAAAUACCUGAAAAAAUACUCUGAACAACAAUGGGAAGUAAAAUAUGGUUCUUCAAAUCAAUGGUUUAUCUUAUUUUUAAAAGAAUAUAAAGAUGCUGUGAAUUAUGAUUCUGUUCUGAAACGUGCAGCUGAAUAUGGCAAUAAAUACUUGAAAGAUUGCCCUAUCUUAUCAAUUGUUUUGCAACUUCUAUUUGAAGGUAUUGAUGACACAUGUAUGGAUGAAACAAAUGUAUUCAAUGAUCUAUGGUGUACAAUAACUGAUAAUGGUUUAAAAUCUAUAGGAAAUUUUUCUGAUAAUAAAAAGCGAUCGGUCUUAUUUCAAGCGUUACGUGAAUAUUAUCGUCCAAAAUUAUUUGAAUUAUUAGAAAAAAGUCAAGUCAAAGACAAAGACAGUUUGUAUGAAUUAGCGUUAGAUAAUGUUGCUGAAUAUGGUUGGUUACAAGGUUUACAAGCAGUUCGAAAGAGAAUAAUACCGAUAUUUUUUGAAACAUUACUAGAGAAUAUUCCUGUAUCUGGUGAUACAUCUGGAAAGUCAGUUCAACCAAAAGUGGAAGCUCCAAUAUCAGAAAACAAUCAAUCAUGCGUAUUUGGCCAAGAUACUCAGAUGUCAUGGAAGUUCAAUGGCAUCGGGAAGCUACGAGUGACAUGGUUCUUCAAGGAUCAACCAUUUCCAGUCAAUGAUCGCUUGCAAAUAACGGAGACUGAUGAUGGAACAUCGACACUAAAAAUUCGUCAAGCUGAAUUUGCUGAUCAAGGUGUCUAUACUGCUAGGGCAGCCAAUGCUUUUGGUGAGACUAAAGCUCAAACAACAUUAAAGGUUCAUUGCAUUACGCCUGUCAUCAACGUUAAUCUCAAUAAUGCACUGAAAGUCACAAAAGGUGAAACCAUGACACUCAAAAUCGUCGCCAGUGGAAUACCGAAACCUCACAUUGUCUGGAUGAAAGGUAACGACGAACUUACACCCAAUGAUCACAUUCAAGUGACAACACCAAUUGGUAACGAUGACAAAUACACACUGACCAUCUUAAAUGUACAACCAGAAGAUGAAGGAGAAUAUUCAGCCAAGAUCUCCAAUAUGGCUGAUUCACUCACAUCCAAUAAGUGCAAAGUCAUUGUUUCGAAAUCACCUAUGUUUAUUGUCAAGCCGACGACACAAAAAGUGAGACAAGGUGAGACAGCAGUAUUCGUCUCGAAUGUUGAUGGAUAUCCAACACCAAUUAUCACAUGGCUCCUCAAUGGAAAACUGUUGACAGAGAAAGAAAGCGUUGAAGUGCAAUUCUAUGCUACGGCUGAUCAAGCGAAGUUGUCCAUCCAAAAUGUUGAUCUAGAACAACAUGCUGGUUCAAUUACUUGUCGAGUGGAGAAUGAAUAUGGCGAGCAAGAAGAAACUGUUCGACUUGAUAUUCUUGUUGCACCAACAAUCACCGAAGACUUGCAGAAACAACAAGAAAUUAUAAGUGGACGGGAUAUCGCAUUGAAAGUCGUUGGAAAAGGAUCUCCACGACCAUUCGCUCAAUGGUUUUUCGAGGACCAACACAUUGACUGGGAGAAUGCGUCGGAAGACGAAGCGAAGAAUGAAUAUCAACUAGUGAUCAAACAGGCAACAACGAGAAAGAAUGAAGGAACUUAUCGAAUUGUCUUGAGGAACGAGGUGGGUGAAAUACAAUCAACUCCAUGUGCAGUUACAGUAUUGGAACCAGUGAAGUUGACCCUACUGGCACCAACAUCGAAUCUAGUUGACUUGAAAAUUGGCGAAAAAUUCGAGAUCAUCGUGGAUGUGAGUGGCAAGGAAACACCAAAAGUUCAGCUGACAAAAGAUGGAAAAGCAGUACCGUUCACAAGCGAGGGAACAACACGAUACACAUUCUCAGUGACUAAUGUAAAACAAGAAGAUCAAGGUGUUUACAUGGUGACAGCAAAGAAUAAAACUUCAACUGAAGAGACGGCUGUCAUUCUCAAUAUUACUGGUGAGUUUGCUUGCAUUUCAAAAACAAAUUUCGCAGCUUAA